AUGUACCUGAGGAUUUAUACGGCCGCGGGUUGCCGACCCCUGGCCUGGAUGAACCAGCUCCCCCUGCUGGAUUCAAUCCAGUUUCAGCAGGCAUUCAGUCUGGCUGCCAACGUCACCCUACUAGCUGUCAACAUUCGUAAUGACAGGCUCAUCAUGACAGGAAGUGGCAUCUACACCCCUUUUUCUGCCACCUACCACCACGCCAGGAAAGGGGACCCAGAGGAGGGCAGGCUGCUGGUGGCCAGAGUGCCAGUUUUGGAGCCACUUGAGGUAAAACAAAGUGCAGCCAAAGAGGUGGAGGCUGGUGGUGGGGAGUCAACAAUAUCAGCGGCUACAGACUCUGGAUACUGCUACCAAGAUAGCUGUGAUGACCCUCCUCCUCCCUCCUACCCCACCUUCAUCUCCUCUAUGAUGUAUGACACAUUUACAUUUGUCCUCUUAAAUGAGACACAAGGCGACAUUAAAGUGUGCAACGGCACUUUCUGCUGCCGCCUGCAGUACAGGUGGUUACUGCAAGACCAUAAAGAGCUCUAUGCUUUCGGCGCACUUGCAGGAACACACACCGUCAACGGACGUUACGCAUGGUUGGAUCAGAGCUCUUGUGGACAGGAAGCGGAAGAAGCAGAGUCUAAAAUGGACUUCCUGUUGGAGGGGAACUUUGACACCAAAUACGUGUACCCAUCUAUUCUGACAAGCCGAAUGUUCCUGGAGCAGCCAGAGAGUCUGGAGAAAGCUGCAGACGGGAGACUGACCAUGAAACAUUCAAACACGAAGGGUGGCCUGGUCACUGCCUGCCUGUAUGGACGAAUGUACCACCUGGACAAUGAAUAA